CAAUUUGCUUCAAAGGAGCAACUCAAAUUACACUUUAUCUUACACAAGUAGAUCUUAUUAGUAAGAGUUUUUGGCCAAAAUAAUUAUACACAAUGUCGUAUGACAUUUAUAGCAUAUAGUAGUACUCCAAAUAAAUAGCACUACCAUCUUUAUGAUGAAAUUUCAACAGUUUCACCUUUUAAGCUCCUAAUUUCCUAGGUUAGUCCAUACAUACACCUAUCAAAUUAUGUUGAGACUAUCGCAUGAAUUCAUUUUCUUUGUUUUUGCAAUUUUGGUGGCUCAAACGAAAGCAAAGCAACUUGAUAGUCAUUACUAUGAACAAACAUGCCCCCACGUUGAGAGAAUAAUCAGAGAUGUAGUUCAUAAGGCAACGUUAAGUGAUACCAAAGUUCCUCCUCGCAUUCUACGUAUGUUCUUCCAUGAUUGUUUCGUUAGGGGAUGUGAUGCUUCAGUUCUAUUAGACUCUACGGAUGAUAACCUAGCAGAGAAAGAUGGCCCUCCAAACAUAUCACUCCGCGCAUAUUAUGUGAUUGAUAAAGCAAAAGCCAAGCUCGAAAAGGCUUGCCCUCAAACCGUCUCUUGUGCUGAUAUUAUUGCUAUUGCAGCUAGAGAUGUAGUCAACUUGGCUGGAGGACCAUAUUGGAAUGUGUUGAAAGGGAGAAAGGAUGGAAAAACAUCAAGGGCAAAUGAGACUCUAGACUUACCAACACCAUCUUUUAAUGCAACCAAACUUAUAAAAUUAUUCUCAAAAAAAGGCCUUGGCAUUAAAGAUUUGGUAACCCUUUCGGGUGCACAUACCCUAGGGUUCUCUCAUUGUUCCUCCUUUAAAUCUCGAAUACAUCGUUUUGAUGACAACUUUGACAUGGAUCCUAGCAUGGACAUCAUGUUCGCCAAUACCCUAAAACAAAAGUGUGCUAGUAAGCAUAAUAGGGACAAUAAUAAUUCAGGGUAUUACUUGGACUCGACUUCAUCAGUCUUCGACAAUGAGUACUACAAGAGAUUAGUAGCGCGAAAGGGUGUACUUGCUACGGAUCAAGCUUUGUACAAUGAUUAUAGGACUAAGUUUUUAGUCGAGUCUUAUGCCAGAUAUGAGGCCUUGUUCUUUGUAGAAUUUGCAGCUUCCAUGGUAAAACUCGGAAAUCUCGGUGUUAAUGAUCAUCACCAUGGAGAAGUUAGAGAAAAGUGCAGGUUUGUGAAUUGAGUGUCAUGCAUGCAUGCAAAGCAAGAAUGAAGGAGAAAGAGAUAUGGGAUAAAGAGUUUGUUAAUUAUGUAAUGUAUUUGUUAGUUGAGGUUAGUUAUUAUUGAUUAAGUACUAUAAUUAAAUUGUACUACGUAUGAAUUUAAUUAUCACUUGUAUAUUUAUUUGUUUCUUUUUGUAAUGAAGAAUGCAAAAAUUGCAUGUAAUCAGCUUAACAACUCCAUGUAUCACUCUCUUUGCAUUAGAAGAACUUGUCUCUAUGAAUGACCAAAGCGAUUAUUUGGCUAAAAAAACGUGCAUAUGAUUUUAAAUUACCAUUAUUGUAGGAUUAAUUUUUUUUUUUCAUGGUUGGUAUAUAUAGUACUUCUUAAUGUUUCUUAUUAAGUACUCUGUAUUAGUUUGUGACUUUAUGCAUGACUAUUGACUAAUUAGUACUGUACCAUACCCCAAAAAAAAGAAAAAAAAGAAGGAAAAAAAUAAAUAAAUUGUGAGAGGGUAUUGUUGUACCAUAUAAAAAGUUCAAGUCUUUAUGACCUUAUGCAUUUUGAAACAUUAAGGGCCUGUU